UUAGAGGUUAGAGGCAGAGCAGUGCAGUCAGCAAAACUGCUGUUCUGUAUUGUGUGUAGUAUCCAUCCAUCUAUGUAACAGUUUUAGAGGUUAGGUACAAUAUUAAUGAAUGUAAUAGUUUCAUUAUAAUUUGCUGACAAUGUUUUGCAAAAUUACCAAAAGAUGCUUAACACCUGAAUACAAAAAUUUAACAGCUUCCCGUUUAUACUCUGCAUCUAAAGAACGAUGGGAUUUGGUUAGUUCUGUUUGUUUGGAAAGAAAACCAAUUAUAACUAGAGAAUUGAAUGAUAUUGAAACAAAAUAUUCUAAAGCUAUUUCAGAUGUGGAAUAUGAGAACAGCUACAAAUCUGAUCACGAGAUAAGAAAAAUUAAGGAUCAAUUGCUUGCAGAAAAAAUGAAGAAUGAGGCAACGUUUUAUGACAGUGAUAAGGUAAGCUUGCAGACAGCUCAAGAAUAUGAGGAUAGUUGUAAUGAAGAAUUAAAAAAGUUCUCUUUAGCUAAGCGUGUUACCCAAGAAGAUAUAAAGUGUGAUGUCUCAUCUACUAACCGAAAACUGAGUGAAAGUUUACUUUUAAUUGUAAAGCAGAAUAUAGGAAAGAAGUCCACCUGGGUACUUCCUCAAGGUAUUCAUCAAGAAGGUGAAACCAUGCGACAGACUGCAGAAAGAGUUUUAAGUGAAAUUUGUGGUUCUAGUUUACAGACAAAGUUUUUGGGUAAUGCUCCAUGUGGUUUCUAUAAGUAUAGGUACCCUAAAAGUGCAAAUAAAUUUCCAUCUGUUGGCAUGAAAAUAUUCUUUUUCAAGGCCCAACUACUUAAGGGGAAUGUUUCAUCUACAGUAUGCCCCGACUUUCAGUGGUUGUCACAUAAUGAACUUAGCAUAUUACCAAAAAACUAUUUGAAAAGUGUACAAAUGUUUAUCGUGGAAAACGAAGGACCAAGCUCUUUACAGGCCUAGUGAACUUAUCAUAAAUAUUGUUGAUAGCAGGCUAGAAACAAUACCUUUUAUGACAGUAAAACCAAUAAGUAGUAUUAAAGUUUACCUGUAGUAUGAAAAAGUGUUUGUAAAUUUAGUAUUUUAUAAACCCUUCCAAACCUUACUUGGCACUAGGCUAUAGCCUAAGUGUUCCUAAACCUAUCCUGUAGGAAGGAGUUCUGUUGACAACAAUUAACAAACAUAGUUUUCAUAUAUAUAGAUAUCUUAUAUCAAAUUGGACUUUUUGGGGAGAGACUUUAAUACUGUAAGCGGCCUACACUCGUUAUUCUGUUGCUUUGUCUAAUUGUUCGAUAUAUUAUCCAACUUUGAUAUAAAAAAAUCGUACACAAUAAGAGUUACAAUAUAUUACCGUAAUAAGAAGAAUCUUGUUUAUUACAAUUUUAAAAACAUAAAUUUAACACUAACAUAAAAAAAGAAAUAUUGAUGAUAUGAUAUUGAGAUGUGAGAUAUUGUGUUAAAUAUCUCACAUAUUUUCCUCAUAUUCAUCACCAUUAUCAGUCUCAAAAUAUUAGUUACUUCUUGCUAUUAUUAGUUAUUGAUUACAUUAAAACUGCUAUAAGUAAUAAGGUGAAAUCAUAUGCUAAAUCAAAUAAAUUGUAAUAUCAAAUUAUGCCUUCUGAUAAAAACAUCAAACAAUUCGUUAACACAACUGAAUAUCAAGUGUAGGCCGCUUAUUAAAGUCUACCCCUUUUUGAUCCACCAAUUGUUUGGUAAAAAUAAUAACCGACUAGCUUUGGGUGACACUUGCCUCAAGGAUUUUUUUAUCCACGUUUAAACGCUUUGGAGAAAUUUUACAUAGGUUAAAAGAAUUUGUAUUAAGGGAAAUAUUUGAUUUAUUUGAGAUAUAUAAAUGAAAAAUGUUUCUGAUACUUGUCUGUUAACUAAUAUAGACUUAUAUUUACAUUCAGUAUUGGAAUUUUUGUUACUUUAUAGACAGCCUAAAUAUUUGAAAGAAUCAACCUAAAAAAUGGGUAAACCUUAAUGUUCUGAAGUAUGAGUGUUAGACAUGUAUAAUAUAAUGAAAAUUAUUUAUAUUUUCAGUAAAUAAGUUUAUUGAAUUUACAAACUACCACUCCAAUUAAGUGGACUCAGAACACCUAACCUAUUUCUAUAAUGUUAAUGUAAGGAAAAUUUUCUUAGAAACUACUAGGUAUAUUUGUUUGAAAUUUUCACCACAUAUCUAACCAUCUGCUGAGUUUUUUUUAAUAUUCAGUAAUAUUGAAUGGCUGAUUUUUUUCUGUAGGUACUCGUUUUGAAAUAUUACUUUAGAAAUUGUUUUUUGUUAUAAAUACAUUCCAAAUAUAUUUUUGUCUAUACAAAAAAUAGCUUAUGUGAGAAGUUGGUCUACAUAUUGUGUGAAAUUUUCAAUUAGAUAUUGCAAGUAAUUCUAGAGAAAAAUCAACUUUAGGAAAAAAAUCAUUUACUAAAACACAGCACUUUUAUUUAUUUACUUAAUAGAUUACACUCUGAUAAGCAGGAUGUUCUUCUCUUUCAAGUUUUAUCUUUUGAGGCCUUUCCUGCCUUCUUGCUACUCUCAAUAGAUCUGAGCAAAUCUUUCAGAGUCCUAAUUGCUACUAAGUUGUUUUUGGGUCCCUUGCCCAUAUAAUGUUAGUUACACUCUCAUACAUAUUUUGAGUUGUCUUGUGUAAACAUUUUUUUUAACUAAACCUGGAUGUUUACAUUGCCAUGACCAAUGCGGUAAUAACAGCUAAGAUUUAAUAUGCAUUCAUGCCUGCCAACCAAACACUCAAUCAUAAGACAAGGGUGAAAGAGUGUAUAUAUAUAAAAAAGUUAUACAGCGCACUAGUUGUUUUUAUGGGUAAAAUGUGUCAUUUUUUUAGCAUGAAAUAGUUAGAAAACCCAUAUGUAUUAUAAAUUGGGUGGCCUUGACCUAGUGUUCAAAGUUUUUGUGGGUGAUAAUACAACAUAAAUGUGACUCAAAUACUGAAGUUAAAAGUUUUAAUUACUCACAUACACCCAUAGAAAAUUAUUUUUGUUUUUUAAUAAAAACAAAAACAUUUCUCUAAAAUUGUUAUAUUACUAUGAAAUUUCUACACAUUUCUCAAACUGUAUUAUUACCAUUGUAUUCUACAUUCAAUUUUGAGUAAGUGUGGAUAAGUUUUAGUGUGUUUGAAUCUCCAGAAAUAUUAAUUAAAUCUUCUUAAACUGCAAACUUAUAAUUUUUUGAAAUAAUUAAAAGACAAGCCGACAUUCAUAAUUCUUUAUACAAAAUGCUAGAGACUACCAAAUGUCAUAGAAACUGCUUCAAAACCUAAGCUUUCCAUUUUUCAAUUUUAAGGAGACACUUGUUUUUAUAAUUACUUUAUUAUUUUUACUGUGUUUUAGUUGUUUGAAUAUAGAAAUAUUUAUCAUUCAGAUACGAAAAUUAAUGAAUACGAGGAAAAUGGCUCUUUCAGUCUUUAUAGCCUACCUUUUAAAUUAAAUUCUCAGUCCAUUAACCAUUCGAUUAUGUUAGGUUUUACCAAAUCUGCCCGAUAUGCUGACAAUGAAGGUUAAACAUUCCUCGAGUUAGGUAACAAAUAAACAUUUCAGAUGAUUUGAUAAUGAAUGCCUGCAGCCACAGUGCAGACUGUAAUGUUGCUGCCCCAUAGAGCUGGUGACAAAUGAGAAACAUUCUUGAUAUAGAAUUAUCAGGCAGCAUAUUAACAUUUCACAGGGUUUGUUCAGUAAUGCCUCUCGCCAGCAGUGUGGUAAAUGCAUAUAUAUAUCAAAUACUUGUGUAAUUUAAUUUUGAAAAUAUAAUUGAAUAAGAUGAAACCGAUUUACUAUCCAACUACUGGUAAAAUUACUUUUGUAGCCGAAGGAUGAUUAAGGAUUUUAAUAAAUAUAUUUUGAAAAAGUGA